CGGGGCGCGCUUCUGGACAGCGACGUUUAUUGCGGCGCGCCGCCCCUACCGCCACGCGCAGCAGCCCCACGGCGCGCGCGGCCCUUUUGCCUUCGGCAGAAGCAGCCCGCAUCGCAAAAAGGCAGGCCAGCGCGGCGGUUCUGUCAUAACAGCACACAGCGAGGCAGGGCGCAGAAGCAGCCCCCGCGCCGCAAACCGGUAUAAAGUAGUAAGAUGGGCCUCGGCCGCAGCAAGGAGGAGGAGCCGCCCGACGAUGCGGCGCCCCCGGCGCCGGCCGAGACGCCGCCGGCGGCGGGGAUCACCUCCGACGAGGAGGAGGCCGUCCAGGUGCGCAAGGCGGCGCGCGCGCGGCGCGUCAAGGGCAUCACGGGCAGCCCCGGCGUCCACUCCUUCCACAAGCAGAAGAACUGGGGCGGCGAGACGCCUUCUAGGAGACAAGAACUAGCCCGCCGCGUGCAGGAGCACCACGACGCCAUUUUUGACACCGACGCGACGAUGUUCGACGCGUCGCAGAGGGAUGUGGGCGUCUUCGAAAUUAUUGAUGGGCCCUACACGCCCCCCAUGACGCUCGACGAGUACGAGGAGGAACUCGAUGGCGAGGAGUACAAGUCGUCGUGGGACGAGUUGUUUUUCGAUUUAGCAUUAGUGGCGGCCUUCGGCAUGCUCGCGAACAUUUUGAGGGCGGGCGGCCACAAGAGCCCGCACGACCACGGCGAGGACGAGCACCACGACGACCACGAGGACCAUCGCCGCUUAUCGGGCGGCUUUGAGCUCGUGCCCACUUCCUUCCACAACGCCAUCAUCCUUUAUUGUCUUGAGACGUCGGCCGUCAUUGCGGUAAGACGCUUCACGGACGGUCAUAGGAGCCAGUGGCGCCGCAACGACCUCGUCGGUAGCGUACUACUCCUAGCUCGGGCCGUCUGCGUGUUGGGGAUGGCCGCCUGCGCCAUUGAUGCGGAGGAGGGCAUCUGGCGCUUCCACGCGUUUGCUGUUGUGGCUAAUGGUAUUGGUCUGAUAUCAGUGUUAGAUUCGUUAUGGUCGCGGCCCAAGCGCUGGAGAACAUUAAAAACGGAAGCCAUCAACCUGACGCUGAACAUCGUCUUCUCGCUCAUUUACGCCUGCCUCUUCUGCCCCCAGAUCGGCGACAUGAUGACGCGGCACACCGAGGACCACGAAGAUAAGGUGCGGAACACGGCGGCCGACAUCGCUUUCCUCAUCUGGGGCCUCUACACGCCCUUCAUGUUCUGCGGGUCCUGGAUGCUGCCCGGCGCCGGCAUCGCGAUCGGCGAGCACGAGCACCACCACGACGAGGAGCGGGGCCACGACUACUACGUGAACCAUGAUGGGAUCGUGCCGGUGAACGUCGAGUACGUCUCGGAAAGAUUUGGGUUAUUGAUCAUCAUCACGUGCGGCGAGUCGUUAUUUGCCGGCGCGGCCAUCGUCGCGUCGUCGAGGAGCAUGCUGAGUUUGUUGAUGGCCGGGUUAUGUGUCUAUUUCGCUCUCCUGGUCAAGUUACUGUAUUUCGAGCUGCAGGGCCACGUGAGCGAGCACGCCAUGGACAUUAGUCAAAUAAAUGGGGUGCUGUGGACGCUGGCCCAUCUGCCGGUCUUCGUGUGCUCGGCCGGAGCCGGGGCGGUCUUGCACUGGGCGGCCAUCGACCCGCAGGAGAACCGGUGGCAGAUCGACGAGCGCAACCUGUUUCUGGGGUUCACGUGCCUGCUCCUCUUCUCGCUGUCGCUCAUCAUGCUCCUCCACGGCCGCCUGCACAACGACCGCAAGCACUGGUGGACGAAGAAGUACACCCGGAUCUUCGUGCGCAUGGCGCUCUCGGUCAUCAUGAUCUCGGGCAUCCAGAUCAAGGACCACGACAACCUGUGGGUGCUCAUCUACGUCUGCUCGUUCAUGACGGUGGACUUCAUCUACGAGUUCGUUUGUAAAAGAGCGAUCUCCUCAGAACACGCCCGCGAGGUCAAGGAGCACUCCUCGCCGGAUCUCAGCGCUUCCUCCAAGCACCACAAGCACCACAACAAGCACGAUCAUCAUGCUUCGCCCGCGGCGCCGCCCGACCCGGCGCCGGCACCGGACGACCACAAGCACGAAGCCUAGUCCAUGGCGUCAAGGACUGCAGCAAUUAAUUCCCGCGCCGCGCGCCCCGCGGCCAUCGUACAACAUUCUAAGUUACCACAAAGU